AUGGCUGAUAUUUCAUCAGCCUUCCUAUGCGGGCGAUCAAAUCUGACCAAUGUGGAUCAGCUCAACGAUGUUCUGACAACAGUAGGUCGCCAUGUAACGCAGGUAGCCAACCUUAUUCCCGCAGCCUCGGCCAUUGAGACAGAAGAAGAGGAAGUCACAGACCCCCAUCACCAUCAUGAAGAUCCAGAAAAGGGCACAGCGCCGCCUUUCGAUCUUCCGCCUCCUGUCCGGCCAGCCGUCCCCAUCGACCAAUCGGUAACAAAUGAUUACAUCAUUUGUCUGGAAGAUGGACGAAAGUUCCGCACAAUGCGACGACACCUCAAAACAGCUUACGGCCUGACACCAGAAGCCUACCGGCUGCGUUGGAAUCUUCCGGCUGAUUACCCGGUUAUUUCUCCAAACUAUCGGAAAUCGCGUUCGGAUAUCGCACGCAAGACUAUGUUUGGAGCCAAAAAAAAGGGGGCUUAG